AUGUCUCUAGGUCAUGCCUCAAUCCUUGCAAAUCUCCUCAAGAAUGGCGGGAAUAAGAUCAUCAAAAAGCUAAAAGACAACAAGUUCCCAGGAAACAUUAUCAUUGGUGGUCCACAAAUCAGCUAUUUGAAGUCAAAUCACGAGAAAUAUUAUCAACAAGCUGACAUUUUCAUUCGAGGAUAUGCAGAGAAUUGUCUACUCGAAUAUCUUCAAUCAAAAGAGAAAUAUCCGAAAGUUGCUGGACAAGCAGAUGACAAUCGAGUUGCCCGUGCUGGUUUGGAAUCCCUUCCUUCCCCAAUCCUUUCCGGUCUAAUCCCUCCACAACAUUUCAUUCGAUGGGAAACACAAAAGGGAUGUCCAUUUCGAUGCUCUUUUUGUCAACAUCGAGAAACGGAUCUCGGGGGCGAAGCGUUGAGAAGAAGGAAUUUUGAACAAUUACGAGUCUUCAACGAGAUCCAAUGGCUGGCUGAGAAUAAAAUUGGUGAUCUAGCGGUGGUGGAUCCAACUUUCAAUUCGGGAAAACAGCAUGUCGGAAUCAUUUCGGAGGCACUGAACUUUAUGAGAACAAAGAGAAAUUUGGAUUGGUGGAAGGCUUCGAAACUCCGCAAAUCACGACAAUACGCCAACAAGACGGAAUUCCCCAUG